AACUAAAAUCAAGGGCAGCAAUGCCACAAUUCAACACGAAGUCUCAGUUUAAGUCAGUUUUGUAAAUUCCAUCAGUAAUGGUUGCGUGGUUGGGAUGGAGCAUAGGGUGGGACUCGACACUGCCACCUCCUCAUGCUGGAACAGCGCUGAUGAUGACGAUGAUGGCAGCCACCUUAGCGGGGCGGUUGUGUCGUGUCCUUAUCCCUGUUGUUUCUAAACCGCUGCUGCAGAGGAACCUUAUUAGAGAACUGCACAUAAUGAAGCUCGGGGAGGAUCAGAUGUCUGGCGUGCUGCGUCCUGGAGUGAGGAAGCUGGCAGACAUCUUCACCAGCCAUGGGUAUGAGCUGAGGGUGGCUGGGGGAGCCGUGAGGGACAUGCUGCUGGGGAAGGUGCCUCAAGACCUGGACUUUGCCACCACAGCCACACCUGAGGAGAUGAAGGCCAUGUUCACAGAGGAGGGCCUGAGGAUGCUCAACAUGGGCGGGGAGAAGCAUGGGACAGUCACAGUGAGGCUGGACGAGGAGAAUUUUGAGUGCACCACCCUGAGGAUCGACCUGGUGACUGAUGGCCGGCAUGCUGAGGUCAGCUUCACCAAGAACUGGGAGCUGGAUGCCAACCGCCGAGACCUGACCAUCAAUGCCAUGUUCCUGGGGCUAGAUGGCACCAUAUACGACUACUUCCAGGGCAGCCAGCACUUGGAGCAGAGGCACGUCACCUUUGUGGGCGACGCAGACACACGCAUUAAGGAGGACUACCUCAGGAUACUCCGCUACUUCAGGUUCUACGGUAGGAUAGCUAAGGAGCCUGAUAACCACUGCCCACACAUCCUGGAUAGCAUAAGAGCUAAUGUUGAUGGCUUGGACAGGAUAUCAGGGAGGAUCUGGGUGGAGCUGCAGAAGAUCAUCACUGGUAACUUUGGGGGAGAACUGCUCGUGAAGAUGGCGGAGUGUGGAGUUGGGAUUCACGUGGGAAUGCCAGAGACCUUUAACUGUGCCAAUGUGAAGGCUGUCUAUGAGCGGUGCCAGAAGGCUGGGCUGACACCUGGAGACCUGCACCACAUGACUCUCCUGGCCUCAGGAUUAUCCAGCGUGGAGGAGUGCGUGAAGCUCAUCGUCCGCAUUAAGUGUUCCAAGCGGGAGCAGGAGCUUCUGUUACACAUUGUGCAGCACAGAGAUGCUGUGGCUCAGUUCACCACGCUGAAGGAGGCAAAGGACCAUCUGGUGGACCUGUUCAUUGGGGAGAAGAAGAACAAGGACAUUGCUCUCCUUUACACCACAGAGCUGCUCAAGUACUGUGGUCAUAUGGACCUCCUGAAGGGAAUCAAAGAGUGGGAGGUGCCAAAGUUCCCUGUGAAUGGCCUGCUGAUAGGGGAGAGAGGAGUGCCCAGGAAAAAGAUUAGGUUUGCCAUGCGUGAUCUGCUGGAAGGGUGGAAGAAGUCUGACUAUUCCUUUGAUGCCUCUGAAUUGUUAGACACUCUUAAUCUUGACAUGUAUGGUGACUGAAGGAUGCACCAAUGUGAUUCAGUGAUGAAUGUGAAUGGAAAUCUCAUAUUCAUUGUGAUCUUUCUCUUAGAAAUAUACAAUUACAGUGUACCCUUGGUCCUGGAACACAAUGCGUUCCAGAAGGCUGUUCCUGUGCCAAAUAGGAGAGGACCCAAACUGUCAAGUUUUCAGUUUUUGCCAUCUCAUUUAAUUCAGGAAAUGGUCAGCAUCAUCUCGCGGUACAGAGUAGUCGUCACAAAACACUAUAUUACGAUGUAUCUAUUGAUUUAUCAUGCUUUUACUCCCUCCAGUAUUUUCUCCUAUUUUACCAAGGUACUUCCUUAUACUGUAAUUAGCUACUUGAGUUUAUACAACUAACAUCAUAGUAAAGAAAAAAUAUAAUUGCCUGGUGUACCAAGCUCUUACAUUUUUAGAGACUUUAACACAGCACAAAACCUUAACAUGCAUAUCACCUCGGCUCUGUAGAAGUUAAUGCUUCACAAGGAAAAUAUAGAGCAAUUUUUGUUCGAUUUUCUUUAUGAGGAAAAUUUGCGGCUGAAACCGAAAUAACCCAGGGGUGCUGCAGUGCUUUCAUCACUGUGUCCCUAAGCUCUGUCUUGCUAACGCCCGAACAUGAUAUGCAUUUAGACUACAGAUAAGUUGUCAGGAUGGCUGCUGUCCAUUAGCUAACAUUGUUAGGUCUCUGUGAUGAUGAAAAUGUCAAUGCUGAAGAAUGAUUUGGUUGGCAAUAGACAGUCACUAUCAAACUUUGAUUUUUAGGUUAUGAAAAUAAACUCAUUAAUAGGCCUUCAUGUGCUCAUCUCACAGUCUAUUCCUCUGAGCCGUGAAGGAAAAAAAUAUCAUACUGACUUUGAGUUAUCAAUAGAGGAACUAAGUAAUUUUUAUCCCAGGAAUAGAGUUGGUAUAAAGAAAAAAACAAUACAUUAUACUAUUAAAGCAUCUUUGUAGUAGAUACAUAUUUAUGAAUACUUUAACUUCUUUGAUAUCUUGAUAUGUGAUAGUAGAAUGUUAGAAAAUAUACAAUGGACAGUAGACCAACUUUUCUGUGAAAUAUUAUGAUAUCUGGUGAAUCUGGCAACUGCAAUUUGAGUUUGAGUCCUCUCCCAUUGGCCAAGAUCCAAAACUAUUUUCCUCAUAGGAAAUACUGUAAAUAAUUUCAAUUUUGGGGAUCAAAGCUUGAAUUGUAGGAGAUGCGAGUUUGAGGUCCAGGGUCCACUGUCCGUGUCUGCCUUCGUGGUGAUGUUUUCUUGAGAAAUGUACAGGAAUAUGAUGGAUUACUGUACAUCACCAGUUAUCUUUCUUGUGCUACCAACCCACACCCAUAGUGCAUUAUUAUGAGAAAAAUUUGCAUGAAUUAUUACUGUGAAACCAAGAGCUUUAGACUAAAAUAGAGCAAAUUAUUGAGAAUACCAUAGAGGUCUACAAUGCUUCACGCAGCCACACAAUUAAAUCAUUGAAAUGCUGGUAACAGAACACUUGUGCUUAUUUCUAUGUGGGAUUACUCUCAGCCUUGAACUCCUGUAUAUCUCAGCCUUAACCUUGAAACCUAUAAGCCGUUCAUCUUGAUAAUGUGACAGUCUCUUCCCACAAGUCCAGACUGCCUGCAUUGGCUAUACAGACUUGUAAGGAAAGCAUAAUUGCAAUAUUCACAAACACAAUGGUAGUGUUCUAUCAUUUAUUUUACAUGGAAUAAGUAUGAAGGAAAUGAAAUUAUGAAUACAGAAAAUUUCAAAUAGUUCAUAAAAGAUUUUAUUUAUUUAUAUGGUAACACAGAAUGACAAUGUUAAUAGAGAUACUGCACUUUUCUACCAAUAAAACCAAACCUGU